AUGUCUGGAUCUGAGAGCAUUGGCAGCGGUUACUCAGCCGGCAGCGCCUACGCCAUGAACAUGAGCAUGUCCAACACAUCAUCGAGCAGCCUGCUGCAGGCCUCGAGCAGCAACUCGACGUACCAGGUCAUCAACCAACUCAAGUUUCUGGCUGCCAAAUCGAUACGGAAUUCCGCCAUUAUCCUCGCCGUCUUCAACACCAUUGCAGCCUUUGCCACUGCCAUGGGCAUCCUGUACGACUGCUAUCAGAGGGCCAAGCGGAAUAGCCCGCGGGGCAAACCAGUGCGCGUCUGGAAUUGCGUCACGGGCGCUGAGACAUAUCCUUUCAUACUGUCAUUAGCCAUUACGAUCCAGGGCAUAAUAUUUGCAGUUUCCCAGUCGCGUGGAUUAGAUGGACUAUUUGCUUCGGGCUGUUCCCUGAUAUCGUCCUUCAUGCUACCAGGGAUAUUCAUCGUUCCUUUCUUGCAGCUCAUUUUUGGGCUUGAACUGACAUUCCGUGGUCUCCGAACCAAACCAUUCCCAAAGCGAGGAAAAUGGACAGUCGCCAUUUGCUUCGCAGUCUGGACGACGCUCCUUCUGGUCAUGGGAUUAAUCACUUUCUUCGUUCCUUCUGCAGAUUUCUGCUUUGCUUCCCUGUUCUGGUUCGUCGCCAAAUGGGCCGAGGGUGGUUUUGCGCUCUUUACCUUUAUGUCUGUAGUGCUCAUCGGAUGCGCCAUCACCAUCUUUCUCAAGUUGACGAGGCACUCCACUAUUGAGACAAGCGAAAGAGUCGAAGCGUCACGCAUGGUCUACUUUCUCUCGGUAGCCAUCGUUUCUGAUGUUUUGGUGGUACCCUUCUUCAUUUAUCUCACCUUUAGCAAUUUCGGUGACAGCGAAGGUACCAGCGGACUCACACUGUCCAUGAUCGCCACAGUGGUCGUCAAUGUCUCUGGACUCAUGAACGGUGGUCUUCAUCUCUUCUUUCGUUCAAACAUCAUUUCCACUAUCGGACCAAGAGACAAGAUGGCGGAGUACGAGAGACAACAACUCAAGCACAAGAUCCGGAAAGCAGAUCCGGAAUAUGAUUUCACGAGUCACGCGCUGCAGUCCGUCUCGGGAUCCAAGUCCCUGCGCCGGGUCGACAGUGAAGAGACACUCGUGAAACGAUAUGAAAAGGAUGAAGAAGAUGCGAUUGAGUCUCGAUCCACAAGGACAUAUGGCUAUAGUCCCAAGCCAGUCAUGUCCAACGGUGUAUUCCCAACAACCUCGAUACCAAGAGUCCCUGAGCCAGUCGAGUUGCCAACACCAGCCGCUCCUUCAACCGGCUUCCCUAAGCGAAGGCCAUCUACAUCAUACUCACUUUUCCCAAACACAAACAUGGCCAACAACACGGCUUCAAUAACAAUCCUACCUCCUACGACUUAUUCGCCCAUUGAGAACAACAACAAUAUUAGUCGAUUCGAAGACUUUGACAACAACACAUUAAAACCACCGCCAUCCAUCAAGAACCGCCACAUGCGCAACUCGUCCAUGGCAUCGUCUGCCACUGUCCAGAUCGGACUCCGCUUCUCCAACGUAGCCGACAUGCCACCCAUGGCGAGCUCCAUUGUGAAGAAUGCCGAGCAGGUACACAACCUGGACUGCCCCAAGGCGAUCCGACCAAGCCCUCUGGCCGCCUUUGCAACGACGGAUGAGCCGGUCUGGCCCUCGGAACCCGCCAGCCCCGUCAGCGCCACGCCGUCGCGGGAUCCAACUACCAAGGACAGCAGGAUGAAGACUUUGCCUCCAGUCCCGCGGCCAAUCAACCGCAUCAAUACCAACAUUGAGAACAGCCGCCAACAAUUCGACGACACGCCCAUCCUGAGCGCUGCCGUCUACCGCCCCGAGAGCCCUAGCAAAAAGGUGCCGAGUCCCAAGGGCGUCGGCUUCCAGUUCCCGAGCCCGAAGCGGACCAACACAACGCCGCUCCAAAUGUCCACGCGGACGCCGCCUCCCAUGACCCGGAGCCGUGGCAACUCUGAUGUCACGCAACCCAGGGGCGACUGGAUCUAG